AUGACCGACGGAAACAACAAAAUCUCAUCAGAAAAUAACGAAGAGGGAGGAUCUGCACCGAAGCGUCAAAGAAUUGAAGCAGAGAAUAAUCAGAAUGCCGAGACGAAUGAUCAACAGCAUUUGACGCUUCAAGUGAUGUACGAUAUGUGCCAAGAAGUGUUGGAGAAACAGACAAAUAUCGAAAAAUCGAACAAGGAAAUUGUCGAAAAACUUCGGUUGACAGAUGAGAAACUGGAAUCGAUUCAAUUGCAAUUGAAGUCUGAUAAAAUCGAUGAAACUACUUCAAUCUCAUCGAAUUCUCAAGACAGUGAAGAUUCAGUGAAAACGACGUCGUCCAGUGAUUCAUCCCAAGCAAUGAUUCCACGUGAAAUUAUGCCAACGACUGGAAAAUACUUCGUGUUGAAACAUGUUUUCAAAAACGUGUCAAAACUGAAGGAAAAUCAGAAUUUAUGUUCAGAAGUUGAAGAGCACUUCGGAAUCGGAUGGAAUAUGCGUGUGUACCGAAAAAAAGAACAUUUUUCAUUCUUUUUGGUCUGCUCACAAUCGUUGGACACUGGAAAAUGGAUUAUCGAAGUUAGGAAAAAACUAGUAUUUAUAUCGAAUCGGAUCGAAAAAGUUCGAGAAGACAAUUCGGCAUUCACUAACAUUGGAAAAAGGUGUAACACUACGGGAUGGCCGAAAUUUAUUGAAUGGGAUGUAUUGGAAAAAGACUUUCUUGUUGAUGACCAACUGACUGCUGAAAUUCAUGUGAAAAUCAAGAAUACAGCUGGAAUUUACAAGGAUAAUCUGAGAAGUUUCGACGAGACAAUGGAAGAAUUUUCGGAUGUAGUACUAGAUGUCAACGAACAGAAAUUUUAUGUUCUAAAAUUGUACUUGGCUGCUCAUUCUCCAUAUUUCAAAGCAUUGUUUUUGGGAAAUUUCAACGAUUCGAAGAAAUCGGAAAUCAAAUUGACUGGAAUCGGCGCAGAUGAUUUCCAGAAGUACCUCGAACUGCUUUAUGGAGAACAUCCAAUUAAUGAAUACACUUGCGAAGGACUUCUUCUGGUAGCUGACAUGCUAGACACUCCAUUGGUUCGUAGGAAAUGCGAAAAGUUUUUACUCGAAAAGACAGAGAAAACAUUGAAGAAAAAGUUAGAAUUGUCUGCUCGAUACAAUUUGGAAUCACUCAAGAAAAAAUGUCUCGCUGGCAUCAAAUCGAUUGACGAUCUUCAAGAUGUUCUGCCUGGAAAUGUACAAGAUUUGGACAAGUCUCUAAUGGGCGAACUUCUUGAAAAAGCGAUUUCACUUCAUAAUUGA